AAGCUGCCUGAUUUCAAUGCCUUUCUUGUCUACUUACAUUGACGGCAGGACAGUAAAAUUUUCCCGCCCGCUGAAUCCUGAAUCCUGCGCGAAUCCUGCGCGAACCCUGCGCGCCAGGCGUAUGCAAAGCAGAAAUUGAACUCCAAAAAGCGCCCUGGCCUGAGGUAAUCUCUUGCCCAGUCCCCCCGCCAGUAAAAGAUCAGGUUUACGAAAAAUAAUGGAGAACUGUGCCAGCAAAAUGAUGUCGUUUUUAGGUGAAAACAAGUUAUUAUUCGGAGCGGUGGGGAUUGCGCUUUCAUCUGCCGCACUAGGAUUUGUUAUUAGUCGAGGUUUUGAACGUAGGAACUCCUUCAAUGCGCCUUUUAAAGUCAACUCUGAACACAGCCCAGUCGCGAAGUAUGUUUUGGAAUAUGGAAUCCGCGAGCCUUUACCACUCAUGAAACUUAGACAGGCAACCUUGGACCACCCAGGCCAUAGAAUGAUUUGCAGUGCUGAUGAAGCACAAUUUAUGAGACUGUUGUUAGAGUUGAUCAACGCCAAAAAGGUUAUAGAAAUAGGUAUUUAUACUGGCUACAAUACUCUGAGUAUGGCCAUGGCACUGCCCCCAGAUGGUAAAGUUGUGGCAUGUGACAUAACAGAUGAGUUCAUGAGUGAGGUGCAGAGCCAGCAUUACUUCAAAGAGGCAGAUGUUGAGUCAAAGAUUGAUUUAAGGUUACAAUCUGCCCUCACAACUCUAGAUGAUCUCAUAGCUGCAGGUGAAGCUGGAAGCUUUGAUCUGGUUUUUAUCGAUGCUGAUUGGACUUCAAAAGUCCAAUACUAUGAGAAAUCGUUACAGCUUAUUCGUAAAGGCGGGCUGAUUGUAAUUGAUAACGUAUUGUGUAAUGGCAGAGUUUGUGAUCCUGGAGAGAGAGCUGCAGAAAAAAAAGUGGAAGUACCUCAUGACUUGAACGUGAAAGUUCAUGAUGAUCCUCGUGUAGUGAUGUGUCUGCUUCCAUUCGCAGAUGGUGUCACCAUAGUAAUGAAGCUUUGAAUUCUAAGCAUUCAAAGAGUUCCCAAUUCUUAUUAUCCAAUCAAAAGCUAGUGCAAGUACUCCGGCAGUUGCCUCUUCAUCAUAACACAACAUAGCAUGCGUCAUGUUGCGUUAUAUUGAUCUAUAAAGCAACAUUGGUAACAAAAACCACUUGUUCAGUUGAUUUCGUUGUCGACUAGUACUUAUUCUCCUUACCGACUGUAGCUUAGGAGUAAGGCGCUUUGAGUAGUGAGUUAGAACCUAUUAUUUGGGGUUUGGAAACGGGUUAGGAAUAAAGUUUUAACUGUAAGCAGAGCUUCGGCAUAAGAAUGGAAUACGGUCGAAUAUCAGACGUUUUCACGUUUGGUAGAACUGAUUCUGCAAAAUUAUAAUACAAACAGGACUACUUAAGGUUAUAAAUGAUUUCAGUUUAUUAGAUAGCGAAAUGUGGCAUAGCGUCAAAAAUACGUGAAUAACCUCA